AUGACCUGCGGGUGCACGUGCAGCGGCAGCAAGCCUGGCGCACUGCGCAAGGGUUCUCAGCGUUACGUACCGAUGACGUGCGGGUGCACGUGCAGCGGCAGCACGCCUGGCGCACUGCGCAAGGGUUCUCAGCGUUACGUACCGAUGACUUGCGCGUGCACGUGUAGCGGCAGCACGCCUGGCGCACUGCGCAAGGUUUCUCAGCGUUACGUACCAGUGACGUGCGGGUGCACGUGCAGCGGCAGCACGCCUGGCGCACUGCGCAAGGGUUCUCAGCGUUACAUACCGAUGACGUGCGGGUGCACGUGCAGCGGCAGCACGCCUGACGCACUGCACAAGGGUUCUCAGCGUAACGUACCGAUGACGUGCGGGUGCACGUGCAGCGGCCACACGCCUGACGCACUGCACAAGGGUUCUCAGCGUAACGUACCGAUUACGUGCGGGUGCACGUGCAGCGGAAGCACGCCUGGCGCACUGCGCAAGGGUAUUCUCAGCGUUACGUACCGAUGA